AUGGAGACGCUGUGCGCGAAAUUGGAGCUGCCUCUGCGGAGCUUCAGCACCACCUCUUGUUCCUAUUGCCGGCCGCCGAAGCUGAGGAUUCCCUCGCCUAACCGGUGUUCACGGUUGAAACUGGCGAUUCGGCAAGAGAAGAGAUCGACGGAGGAGAUUCCCUGGUCACCAGCGCUCGAAGGAGAUGCUUCUGGUGGAAAGUUGAUACGAUCAAUCAUCAGCAGGAGCUUCUUCGGACUCGCUGCGGCCACGGGAGCCGCCGUCUUAUUAAGUUGCAGCUCCCCGGCAAUUGCCGAGUCUGUCACUGUUGCUUUUCCUGUUUCCAGAGUACGCGAGGUAAACAUUUACGACCUGAACAUUUCACCUCACCGUUUUACUUCAGGGAUUUGUUUUUUCUUGUAUAUGCUGUGCACCUAUUCAUCGCUUGGUGAAAAAAAUCCUUUUCCCAAACUAAUUCGGCGUUCCUCUCUACGGUAUUUCAUCUUGUAGUACCUGAAUUCAUUUCAGUAUCUUUGAAUAAGGACGUGUUCUUUGGGUAUCAUUUACUGCCAGCGUCCUUGACGGAUAGGUGAUCAAUAUUGGAGCAGCAUUUAUAUUUGAUAAGUUUUUUCAAGUGAUGGAAGUCUUUUUUCUUGUGUCCUUCGUUACUGUUGUUCAAUAAGAAUUCUUUUUACCGUUUAAAUGGAAUAUGUAUGAUGUUCUUUUUUAGGUCAAUACUGUCCAGAGGACUCUUGUUGAGGCAUGGGGCUUGAUUCGAGAGUCAUUUGUGGACCCUACUUUUAAUCACCAAGGUACAACAACCGUAAAUGUUUUAUUUCAAGAUAGUGUGAUGAGCAAACUCACAGUUUCCUAUAAUCGAUAUAAUUAUCUACCUUGAAUCUGUGAGUGCCCUUUUUUCUCUUUUCCUUAGUUUAUAAUUUCAGUAUACGAUUAUUGCGAAUUAUUUUGUAGGGUUACUAAAACUAGUAAUAUAUGAACAAUCGGAUCAUUUAAACUAUAGCUUGGUAAGCAGCUUAUCUCCAUAAUAUAUGGUUCAAAAUACGUGUCUGACAGUGUUUUAGUAAAUAGUAACCAGAGGUAUCUCUUUGCCAAUCCGAUACAUUGAUGCGGAACACAUUUAUUCAUAAGUCACAUUUCAAAGCUAUUCUCUCAUUAUUGAGCCCUUAUAUGAAGUUACAUACUCAGAAGCCAAUUAGCAACCUUUAAUCCUUCUGAUAGCAUAUGACUAGCCGUGAAUUGAAAUACGAUGGGGCAAACGUUGGAUGCGAAGCUGAGAGCUGGAAAAUUUAUUUCUAAUAUUGAAGCUGCCCGAUGAAUUUUUUAUUUUUUUACGCGAAGUGCUUUCUGAUUUUUUUCUUUUAUAUUCAUGUGCAUUUUCACAAUAAUGUAUCUUACACAGACUGGGACAUGAAGCUUCAGCAAACGAUGGUGGAAUUAUUCUCUUUGAAGUCAGCUGAUGCAGCGUAUAGUAAAGUCAGUGGAAUGCUUGCUACGCUUGGUGAUCCAUUUACUAGAAUUAUUAGCCCAAAGGUGAGUAAUGUUAGGGACUACAUAAUUAAGUAAAUUUACUAGUUUGUGCUCCCUUUUCAUGGUGAAAGUUUGCCAACGAUCAUAGAUGCCGGGAAGUAGACAUUUAUUUACGUUCCACGUUUGGUCAUUUUGUAUCAAUCUACAUUCGUAAACAAAUGAUUGGCUUUCGGUUUAUUAGAUCAUCGUAUUUUUAGAGUUUAAAUAGGUUCUUGAUAAUACCUGUAUGCUUCACAUUCCGUUGAUCAGGGUAUCCUCAGUGCCAUUAUGUCCAAUCCAGUUCCAAAUAGGUUCCCGACUUAUCAAGGGUGUCUGUCAUACAUUUCAUUAUAUUUUAUUUAAGCUUCUGUAAACCCAUUCCUAAUCAUCUUCUGCAUAUGCAGGAAUAUCAAAGCUUCCGGAUAGGCAGUGAUGGAAAUCUGCAGGGAGUUGGUCUCUUCAUAAAUGUCGAACCAAGCUCUGGUCACUUGGUUAGUGAAAUAUGCUUCCAUUUCCAUGCUAUAAAUUUCCUCUGAAAUUUGUUCGAGCAAUUUUAAAUAAUGAAUAAUGUUCGAGCCAUUCUGUUUACAUUUAACUGCAGUCUAAUUAUUCACUGCCUUUAUAAAGUUUUAAGGGCUACGUAUAUCCGUCAAUAUUUGAGGUUCAUACUCAUUGAAUCAAUGAAUAUGGCAGAAUUUAAUGUUACCAUUUUUUGUGCUCUGCUAAUGUCAACUAUUCGAUGUGCUCACACAUUAAAUCGUGAUGUUGCCCUAGAUUGUCUUAUCCUGUCUAGAUGGAAGUCCAGCUUUCCGUGCUGGCAUACAAGAGGGAGACGAAUUGAUUGAGAUAGAUGGUGAGUCAAGUAGGGACUUUCAUAACUUUCUCUGUGUUGCUUUCUGAUGAGCGGAUAUUUAAUUCUGUAAUUGAGGUUGUGCGUACAUUGUCAACUGCUUUUUUCUGUGGUCUAUAGCAUAUCAUUCUCCAAUUCCUCAAACUGUUGCGUUUCUGGAUGGUGAGAUGUUUUUUUUUUUCCAUGUAUAUGGCUAAGUCUAGAACCACACUUUUGCAUACGACCUUAAUAUUCUUCACAAGUGUUUUGGCUAAGUAUAAAGGGGAUGAUCUCGCAUAUAGUAUAUUAUCUUCUGGAAGUUAUCUUCUCACCGUGUGGGCAUCCCAACUCUUCACUAUUUCCUAUAUAACUUAUUGGGUACAUCUUCGGUGGUAGAUAUUUAAAAGUAAAUACUGAACAGAUGAUGUUCAACUUCGAAACUUAGUCGAAUGGUUAAAUAAUCAUAAGAUGAGUUGCAAAUCUGAUCCCUAAAAGCUUGAGCUUUCAGUCUGAUUCUAAAAGGAUCCAUAACUUGUUCUCAAAAAACAUCAUCAAUCUUAAUGAAACAUGAAACCUGUGUGCGGUGAACUUUUCUUUCGAAUUCAAGUUUCAUCUUUUAAGGAAUCAGUCCGAACUUGAUACAAUUCGUCUUCUAUCUUCGCUAUUCAGGUGAAACACUAAUGGGUUUAGAUGGAGCAGCUGCUGCCCAGAAGCUCCGAGGACGUGUAGGAACUACUGUGACAGUCAAAUUUCACAGUGUAAUGUACUCCAUCCUUAUACAAAAAAAAAUUAGUGGCCAUUUUACCUACUGCUGCAAUUACAUUUCCUUUAUAUAUGAUAGUAUCCACGAAUGUCAAUGAAAAAUUACCCUCCUCUCUGUGUCUGUCGACGUUAUUCCACUCCUGUUGGCAAAGAAACUUCAUGAUCUUCAUUUAGUUUUUCAAUCUUAUAAGUUGCAUGUUCUGGCAAAAUCUUGGAACUAGGCAUAUUCAGGCUUUAGAUAGAACAAGUAUCAUCUCCCUUGUCCACAUAGUCUAGAAAAGCCAAAUAGAAAAAAGCUUCUAAUAUCCGUUUCUGUAGUUUCUGUCUAAAUAUGUGUUCCUGUUCAGGGAAGGGAAUACGAAGCUGGCUCCGGUAUCAGAGAGGUACUUCCCCAUUACCUCUAGUAACAGAUGAACAGAAAAAUAUUUAGACACUCUGGGUAGUGUAGCUAACAACAACAAUAUUACAUUUCUGGCUCAAGGUCAAACUCUCUCGCGACGUUAUCAAGAUUUCACCCGUAACCACCACAAUCCUCUUUCACGUCUCACCUGACGGGCGCGAAUCCAAGAUCGGCUACGUGAGGCUGUCGGCCUUCUCUCAGGUACCAGUCGAUCUUCUGUGUCUUUUCCAUUCCUAGCAUCUCGCGGGGCGUUGGCUCCUCUGAAGCUCAGUUCACCUCUCCAUUUGACCAGACCGCCGCGGCAGAGAUGGAGAGUUCCAUCCAGGCAAUGGAGGAUCAAGGCGUCCAGUCCUACAUACUGGACCUACGCAACAAUCCGGUGCGUAAAUCCUACCCACUCGAGCCGACAACGAGAUGCCCGUGCCAAGUAGCAGCUGUUCAUCUGUUCUUCGACUAUUCUUGCAGGGCGGCCUCGUCACCGCCGGCCUGGACGUGGCCCAGAUCUGGUUAGACGGAGAUGAGACUCUCGUCAACACCAUCGACCGCGACGGAAACAUGCUCCCCAUCGACAUGGUCAACGGCCACGCUUUGACCCACGACCCACUCGUCGUUCUUGUAGGUCCUCCCCCAGACUCUCCCCGGAUUGCUAUCUGCAGUCCUGACUCUCUAUCUCUCUCUCUCUCUGCGUGCGGAACAGGUCAACGAGGGAAGCGCGAGCGCCAGUGAGAUCCUGGCGGGCGCACUGCGCGACAACGGUCGCGCGCUCCUCGUGGGGAACAAGACCUUCGGCAAGGGAAAGAUCCAGGUGAAGCCCCUCAUAAUUCCCUCAUCCAUAUCUUCUUCUCCGAAGCUUUUCCGGCGAGUGAUUCUGUCCGAUACUCUCCAGAGCGUGACCGAACUGCACGAUGGGUCCGCGCUGUUCAUCACCGUCGCCAAGUACCUGUCCCCGUCGCUGCACGACAUCGACCAGGUGGGGAUCACACCGGACAUCCAGUGCACGCCCGACGUGUUGACCGCGCCGCGGCCUCUCCCCGCCGGCGACCGGACCACGGCGGACACCCUGGAGUCUGACUCCUGCAUCCUGAUCGCCGAGCACGAGCUGGAGAUGGAGCAGUCCGAGGGAUCCGCUUCGUAA